UUUUUUUUAUCACAGAGUUUGUCGGCGGGAUCGUGACCUUUGACCUCGACUACAAUCCCGCUUACAAUGACCCAACUUCGGUGGAGUACCAGGACUUGGUUCAAAAUUUCAUCGCGGAGAUGGAUAACCUUCUCAGGAAUGAUGCGGCUUAUCAGGAAACCGUCGUACACGAAGUAACGGAGGGCAGUGUCGGGAUCCGUUUUGAAUGUAUAUACACGCAAGGAACGAACGCCGACAUACCCUUCAAAGAGACCUUCCGAGAAAAGCUGGAGGAACAGGUGAAGACCGGCAACCUCGGCCAAUUUGUGUUUGUACCGGCCACGCUCGUCAUCUUUGAUGUGUGUAAUCUUUACUGUUUCAACGGAGGAACGGUGAACAGAGCGAUCAACGUGUGUGCUUGCACCUGUCCCGCCGGCUUCCUACCACCAUCAUGCCAAGCUCCAACCACCAUUGCGAUACCGACUACCACAGGUAUGGCGUUGACAAGUGGAAUGUCCACGGGAAUUCUUACCACAACCAGUUCGGUGAAUCCCACGGUAGCUGCUCUGCCAGGUACCACCUCAAAGCAAAUGACGUUCGUGUUGCCAGCAACCACGGUAACACCGACGACCGAGUUACCAACAACCACAGUGACACCGACGACCGAGUUACCAACAACCACGGUAAAACCCACGACCGAGUUGCCGACAACCACGGUAAAACCCACGACCGAGUUGCCGACAACCACAGUGACACCGACGACCGAGUUACCAACAACCACGGUAAAACCCACGACCGAGUUGCCGACAACCACGGUAAAACCCACGACCGAGUUGCCGACAACCACAGUGACACCGACGACCGAGUUACCAACAACCACGGUAAAACCCACGACCGAGUUGCCGACAACUACGGUAAAACCCACGACCGAGUUGCCGACAACCACGGUUAAACCCACGACUGAGGUGCCGAGUACUACGGAAUCAUCGACAACCACGGAAAUUCCAACGACUACGGAAUCACAGACAACUACGGAAUUUCCCACGACGACUGAGUUGUCAACAACGACGGAAAUUCUGACUACGGAAUUACCGACAACAACGGAAAUCCCCACGACGACUGAGCUGUCAACAACCACGGAAAUUCCAACGACAACGGGAACGCCUGCUCCGGCUCCGUCUCCGUCUCCGGCUCCGGCUCCGGCUACGAUUCCGCCUGAUGAGAUCCCGCCAUAGAUUAAAUACAUGUAAUUUGACCUUAAACAGAGUGGUUCAAAACAGUGUACACUUUUCCAGAGGCAGAUUUCUCAAAAUUGGAGAGACAUUUUGCAAUUGUUAUAACAAGAUAUUCAUAUUAUAACACACUGAGUAUACAGUGUUUAAAACGUCGGUGAAGGGCAAAACCUAAUUUGAAGAUAUUCCUAAUCUACAAGAUUUUGGUUGUAUCUUGAAAACGGCGUUGAAAAUAAAGCCGAAUAAGGCCAGAUCCAGGGGGGGGGAUACCCCCAAGAAAAAAAACACGAUUUAGGCUGGAUUUUCAGUGCCGUUACACCAUGCACUAUGAAAAUGCACCCGUUUUAGUCCCGUGACGUGUAUGUUUGUAUUAUUAGAGGUUUUCUUCUAACCUCAGAUUCAUCAGAAAUAGUCGAAAUCUUUUGGUCUGGGAACCUGACUACGCAAACCUAUGGGCCAAGUACCAGUUGCAACUAAUUUCAUUUAACUCCUCUUCUUUUUAUAUCAGGAAUUUAGUGAAUAUCUUUUCACACAUUGUUGCACUGGUAAUUUGACAUAAUCGUUUUUUGUGGUUUUUUUAAAUUCUUUAAAGCCUAUACAAUGAGGAAAGUUUGGGGGAAAUCCCUUCUAAAGACCAGUUUUGUAACUCAUGAAUAUUAAUAUCACGAUAUUGGCCAAUCACAAUCAAGAUGUCGAGGUCACGCCUCCAAACACUGACCAAUCACAACUGUUUCACCGUGCCUGAUGACUGGAAUCCCGACAUAAAUUCAAAGAUUAUUUCCUAUUUCUAUGAAAAGUUUAAAAAAGUGAAUUUUAUUUACAAAUUAUAGUUCUUAAAUUCUAUGCAUUAAUAGGUGAAUCGGUGAUCAUUUAAUCUUGGAAAAGAAAAAAACCGUUUUAGAGCUUGACUGGUUCCAUACCACCAUAGGUUUGUGCCAUAGGUUUAUGAAGGUCCUCCCUGCUUAGCAACGGCCAUUCCCUCCGCGUAAAUUUGGUUCUAGAUCCGCCCUUACUUAACUUUAUACACACAUAUUUUCAUUAUAAAAUUGAUGUUUGAAGUAAUACCUACCUUAAAGCGAAAAAUGUAUCAAAUUAAAAGGGUUUAAAGGUUUCGU